AGCCCCAGGCUAAUUAAACUAAGUCCCAGCCUCUAGGACGCGGGAGACCUUGCAGCUUUUAGUCUUGUGGACAGGAGUCGCUAAACCCGGUGGAUUUCCCGCUCGGGGCACAGAUGAGGGUUUCAGGCCAGACAAGGCAGUGGUCUUAAACUUGUGCGCCCUGAGUCAGUCAGCUUCUCAGCCCGUGUGAAGCAAACCCCACGACACGCACACGCAGCGCCACGUCUUGGAGCCCAGCACUUUAUGCUGCACUUCUAAAUUCUGUCACCGAAAUCCUGUCUUAUCAAUUAUAAAUACCUCUACUGGAACUGAGGGGUUUGUUAUGUAAUGUAAAGGAUGGCCCGCACUAUGGAACCUUUGGCAAGGAAGAUCUUUAAAGGAGUUUUAGUAGCAGAACUUAUUGGUGUUUUUGGAGCAUAUUAUUUAUUUAAUAAGAUGAACACAAGCCAAGAUUUCAGGCAAACAAUGAACAAAAAAUUUCCCUUCAUCUUGGAAGUUUAUUACAAAUCCAUUGAACAGUCGGGAGUAUAUGGACUCAGAGAGCAAGAUCAAGAAAAAUGGCUUAACAGUAAAAAUUAAGAUCAUCCCGUUCAGCCUCCCAUUUAAGCUGCUUGAAACCUGUGGGGAGGAGAAAGAUGACCACGCUGCCCAUAAGCUUGAGCGCGCACAGAC